UCGGACGACGAAUAUGAAUAUCGUCAUGUCAUUCUUCCGAAGCCCCUCUUCAAGCUUAUUCCCAAACAGUAUUUCAAUGCAGAUGACUCUGGGACACUUCGGCUGUUGACAGAGCCAGAGUGGAGAGGCAUUGGGAUCACACAGAGCCUUGGAUGGGUACACUACGAAGUCCAUGCGCCCGAGCCACAUGUCUUACUCUUUCGACGACUGAAGAACUUCGAUCAGCAGUAUGCUCAGCAACAAGCCUACGAACAACAACAACAGCUCGCGAAUGGGAAGAUUGCUGCAGGGAGGAAUGGCAGAAAGAAAUAA